AUGUCGUGCGUCGUGUUCAAGUGCGCGCUCCUGUGCACGCUGAUGGCCGGGAGCGCGUGCGCCUGCGCGCUGGGGAAUCACACCUUGUGGAUCGAGAGGCAGGGCUGCACCCAGUGCGUGGCCGUCAACACCACCAUCUGCAGCGGCUACUGUUACACGCAGGACACUAACCUGAGGGGACGCUUCGGCAGGACCUUCAUGAUCCAGCGCAGCUGCGUGCCCCUCUCCCUGGUGUACCGGGCCGCGCGCGUGCCCGGCUGUCCGCAGGACGUCAACCCACACCUGUACUACCCCGAGGCGCGCGGCUGCGGCUGCAGGCGCUGCGACACGCGCACGCACCGCUGCGUUCGCACCCGCGGGCAGUCCCACGAGCGGUGCUCCGCCACGCCCCGCAGCGGGAAGGACCAGGAGCGGCCCGCCGAGCGAACCUGACGACGGGGGGGCGGAUGGACCCGGUGCUGGUGUUAUUUUAGUGCAAUCAUGAGACGGAAAUAAAUCAAUGCA